CUCAAAUCUCACGCCCCCAUUCACUGCUCGCCCUUCAUCUGACAUGUCUACAUCCACUCAUACUGACCUCUCGAUUCUCCAAUACCAGAACAUCAUCGUCUCACGCCCGACUCCCGCUGUCGCACUCGUCACUUUGAACAGGCCCAAAGUCUUGAACGCACUUUCCGCUGCGCUCAUCGACGAACUUGUGAGCGCGUUGUCGCUUUUGGACACGGAUGAUACCACUCGGGCGAUUGUUAUCACUGGCAAUGAGCGAGCAUUUGCAGCGGGUGCAGAUAUAAAGGAGAUGAAAGACAAAACUUAUGUGGAUGUAUUCAAGCACAAGUUCUUAGAGAACUGGACUCUCAUAUCACAUGUACGGAAGCCCGUCAUUGCUGCAGUGAGCGGGUAUGCUCUUGGUGGUGGCUGUGAGAUUGCCAUGGCGUGCGACAUUGUCCUUGCUUCUCCUACUGCUGUUUUCGGUCUUCCCGAGAUCGAUAUAGGCGUCAUACCAGGAGCAGGUGGAACUCAGCGACUCGUUCGUGCGAUUGGUAAAUCGCGCGCCAUGGAGCUGAUUCUUAGCGGACGCCGGUUCAGCGCCACCGAUGCCGCCGCGUGGGGUGUUGUCUCGCGCGUCUCUGAGGACGUCUUUGCGGACGCGAUUGAGCUUGCAACCACUAUUGCCGGGAAGGGUACUAUUGCCGUGCAAGCAGCAAAGGAGGCGAUCAACGUCGCGUUUGAGACGUCCCUCGAUGAGGGAUUGCGGCACGAGCGGACAAUCUUCUAUGGCCUAUUUGCGACGCAGGAUCAGAAAGAGGGAAUGUCGGCGUUUGCUGAGAAAAGGCCGCCGGUAUGGUCGCACUCGUGAGGAUGCGAUCUGAUCAUAGUUCUUUAUUAUAUGUCCUACUUUUGAUCUCACUAGGGCUUCAUUUGCGGGGUUUUUAGACUAGUCACUCCCUAGCAAGGUCGAUUCGGAGGGCAUGCUCGAUCACCCAGUAUGCGUGCACUACGUACGAUAACACCGUUAGCUGAAUAACGUUCCCACGCUAUCAAACUGCAUUGCAAAAUUGAA